AUGUCUGCAUUUUUACGUCAAACUUCUUUUUCUUACAAGCUUGCUAGAUCUUUUUCUUCUUCAGCUGCGCGUCGAGACUUAAAUAAGAUUCAACUUAUUGGUCGUGUUGGCAGUGACCCUAUUAGUACUGAACUCUCCGAUAACCGUCGCGUGUAUAAUUAUACUUUAGCUACUUCUGAAACGCGGCCUGGCAAAGAUGAUAGCAUCAUUAAACGCACACAAUGGCAUCGUAUUGUCUAUUGGUCAAACAAUGAUUGGUUUUCCAAAGUGAAAAAGGGUGAUUUAGUCUAUGUUGAAGGCGCACUUCGUUAUGCUGAUUAUGUCGAUAAGGAAGGUGUUGGUAGAACCAAAGCAGAGAUUACUCAGACCUCAUUCCGACUUUUGAAUCCUUCGCGCCCCAAGGAAGAAGAACAAGAAUAA